CAAUUUUUCAUAUCAGCUGAGUUUUGAGUUGACAGUUCAAGUUUAAACAAAUUUGAUAUCUCCGCAUAAAUUAAUGUAGUUCGUAUUCAACAACAUUCAGGAUGAAAUAUUUAUUCCUAGACUUAAGAGAGAGUUUUCUGAGGAAUCUAAACAAUUUUACAGCAUGACAUAACCUAAAACUGGCUCGAAAAUGAAUUUUGAAGAGGCACGUCUGCGAACCUUUAUUCAUUGGCCUAGUGAUGCAGUUGUUAAUCCUCAGCGAAUAGCCAAGGCUGGUUUCUUUUCAACACAGCAACGACUAGAAGUUGAAUGCUUUGCAUGUCACGUAAGAAUAUCCGAAUGGAACUACGGUGAUCAAGUGAUGAAUCGACAUAUAGCUUUAAGUCCCACAUGCCCUUUCGUUUUAGACCCUUCUACCUCAGGUAAUGUUCCUAUAAUAUCACCCAAUGUACCUUCGUCCUCUUCGAGUACUUUUUACCAAGAUGAAAGAGCCAGACUAGAUUCCUUUGAAAAUUGGCCAGCGAGAAACAUCGUAAUGCCAGAGAGGCUAGCUAGAGCUGGAUUUUAUUAUCUCAAAGAAGGAGAUAAUACGAAAUGUGCUUUUUGUAAGGGAGUCGUGCGAGCUUGGGAGCCAGGUGAUGAUCCAGAUGCCGAACACAAGCGACAUUUCCCUAACUGCCCCUUUGUCAUCUCCACUAUAAAUCCUAGACUGAGUAGUGGAAAUAGUGACAAUCAGGAGCGUGUAGAAUGGGAUUUUACUAUAGAAAAAGAAGUGUUUCCAAAUGUUAACUUAGUUAGAACCGAGCAAAACUUAGGUGAACUUGGGGUUCAAGCUCAUAAGGGACCAAAGAGAUCUAACUACGCAACUGUCGAAGCUCGACUAAAUUCUUUUGCCGGUUGGUCGUCAGAUCUGAUACAAACGCCUGAUGUAUUGUCUCAGGCGGGGUUCUUCUAUGAAGGUAUGGGGGAUCAAGUUAGAUGUUUUCAUUGUGAUGGAGGCUUAAAACACUGGGAUCCACACGAUGAUCCUUGGACGGAACAUGCUAGGUGGUUCCCAAAUUGCUCAUUUGUUAAACUAGUUAAAGGACAGGAAUUUGUCACGGCCUGUGCACUAGAGCAUGGUACAGGAAGCGCUGCGAGAGACUCGACUCAAAAGAUUCAAAGUUCUCGACGUAGACGAGAGGUAACCGAAAGAGAACUCCAGGAAUACAUGACUAGUCCCACAGCCUUGACAGCUUUAAGUAUAGGCCUAAACGUAGAGAGGGUGAAACGUGCAAUCAAAGAGAAGUUGGAGCAAACCGGCAGGGCGUAUUCGCAUCCCGAUGCCUUGGUAGAGGCAGCUCUCAACCUGCAACACGACGAGGAAGACCUUUCCAACGACCAAGAUACUCAAGUUAACAACGGCAUGAGGCAAGUGGUGUCCUCAAUCCUCCAGGAUAUCGUUAAGAACUCGGAACCGCGCGUUGAAAGUACUUCGAUCGCUCCUGCAGUCGCGGAUAACGCGACACCGAAUAAUUCUGACCCCAUACCCAAAUUAGAGAAGACGGUGUCUCUAGAAGAAGAAAAUAGAAUACUCAAAGAAGCUAGGCUAUGUAAGAUAUGUAUGGACGGUGAGGUGGGGAUAGUGUUUUUACCUUGUGGACAUUUAGCUACUUGUGUGAACUGUGCUCCGAACCUGGAGGACUGUCCUGUCUGCAGGUCUUCCAUCAAGGCUACGGUCAGGACCUUUUUGUCAUAACUUAUUGACGUAAUAAAAGUUUUGUUAAA